AAGAACAAGGCCCCGCUAUUCUAAGGGCGUACAAUGCCAGAGUUUCAAACUGGCUUCGUCCCACUUUUAAGCGUGCCCGAGCCAGUGGGGUAAGGCCUCAAUGGUGUUCGGAUGAGGUAUGGGAAAACCUCGUCCGCCACUGGUCUUCGGAUCCGACUUUCUUGGCUAGAAGCGAAGCCGGGAAGAAAAAUCGGAUGUCCGAGAAGGCAUUGACGACACAAUGGCACGGAGGCCGCAAACCCCAGAGUAAACAUAAAGAAGCUCUUGUGGGGCCUCAAAAGAAGAGGGUCCCUAUCCUCAGUGUAAUCAAACACUGUUGGACGAAGAGCGGUGUUGAGUCGCCAGCCAAUCUACCACCCCGCCUUGCUGAAAUCGAAACAAAGUAUUACGCAAAUGUUGAAAAGAAG